AUGGACCCCACCUUCCGCAAAAUCGACCUCCAAUCCCCCGCCGACCUCGCCUACAUCGAAUCCAACGUCCGCCGCGCCGCCAGCCAGAAGAUCGACCAUGCGCUGCCGCCCAGCGCGGCACCGGAGGGGGAGGACGAGUUGAGGAAGAAGGUGGAGGGGUUGAUUGAUGAGUAUGUUCGGACGACGUUCGAGGGAGUUAGGGCGAAUGUUACGGUGAAUGGGAUGGAUGAAAAGGAUGGGAUUAAGCCGCAGGAUCAGGGUGAAGCUCCCACCCUAGAAUUCGAACCCCUCGACACCCGCCUCGCCGACCGCAUCCGCGCCCUCGAAUCCACUAAAGAAUCCCUCACCACUAAACUCGCCGACCUCCGGCGCACCGGGCCCCACCCUGUCGCACACACCUACCAGACGCAACUCCUCGCGCGCCGCGAACAGCAGGACCAACAACUCGCCGCGCAGCAGGAGACGAUGAUAGAGGACGCGAAGGGCGAGCGGCUGGCGUUGACGGAACCGGCGCGCGGCGAGGAGGUGGCAGAGAUGUGGGAGGUGGGGACGGGGGGGUUGGUGGAGUUGAAGGGGGGGUUGACGGAGACGGUAGGGAGGGUAGAGAGGGCGGGGAGGGUGGGGGGGCAUGUGGUGGGGUUGAAGGGUGAGGGUGGGUGA